UAGUAGCUGCAGCACUUCUGGCGAACAGAGGCAGGGCCCAGGCAUGGUGGUACAUUCUACACUGUGACAGCGCAGCGGCCCCUGGGUCGCCAUGCGUCGGCGACCCUGACAUGGGCGCCAGCGGCUCCAAAGCUCGAGGCCUUUGGCCUUUCGCCUCGGCGGCGGGGGGCGGCGUUCCGGAGACCGCGGGCGCUGAACAAGCUUUGGUGAGGCCUCGAGGCCGAGGGGUGCCCCCCUUCGUGUUCACGCGCCGCGGCUCCAUGUUCUAUGAUGAGGAUGGGGAUCUGGCUCACGAAUUCUAUGAGGAGACAAUCGUCACCAAGAAUGGACAGAAGCGGGCCAAGCUGAGGCGGGUGUAUAAGAAUCUCAUUCCUCAGGGCAUUGUGAAGCUGGAUCCGCCCCGCAUUCAUGUGGAUUUCCCUGUGAUCCUCUAUGAGGUGUGAGCCUGGUGGGUUACAGACACAAGCACCUUUGACCCAGUGAGAAACUUACAGGCUCAAGGUGUGGCUUCCAUUGAGGAGCCCAGGCUGAGGCUACAACCCUGAAUAAACCGUUGGCCCAGAACCUACAGCUGUGAGCAGGGCAGUCCCUCAGUAUAAAUUGGAUAUUGGUUUGUGUGUGGACAAGAGAUGGUUGGUGGCUGGCAGAGGCAUGGCAGAGUUACCAGCACAGCUUCCCCAGCCACCCCUGCAAGAAGUGUGGCAGGGCAUAUGCCAGUCAGGAAUCUGUGGUUCUUGGUUCCCUGCCUGGCCUGCUUUCUUCCAAGCUUGCCUAGGGCUCAGCCCUACUAGAAGCUACAGCACUUUACAAGCUAAGUCUGCCUUCUUCCAGCCCCUAGGCUUUGGGAGCUCUACAGAAGCAGGAACCUCCUUUCCCUCACUUCCUUUAUCUCCCAGUCAGAGCAUUUCAGCCGUUUGCUACCUCGAUUCCUCCUGUAUUAGACAGAGGCUGGGGAUAGCACCAGCCUGAUUCUUCCCACCUACCUGGCAUUUGUUCCUAUUUUCAGAUGGACAGCUUGCUGGCUGUUGAUAAGAAUGGGGACUGGUAUGGGUAGCUUCUCCCUUUCCCAGGGCUUGGCUAAUUUCUCCUCAGUGCAACUAGUUAUUGCCCUCUCCUCAGUUAAGAGGGUACAGGCCAGGGUCGGGACAGGCUGUGGAUGCCUGUGCCUAUGGGGAGUUGCCCCAAGCCACCUACUCUAAUCCUCCUUGCCUUUGUACCAGCCACCCCUCACCCCCAGUUUGGAGGGUCUACACUGUCCUGUAAUAAGGAACAUGCCAGGGCUGGUGCCAGCAGUGCUAUAAGGAGCCCGCCACUCUUCCCCUACAGUAUCCUCACCCUUCUGCAUCAGUCAAGGGAAAGUACUAGGGCCCCUUGAAAGGGACAGAAAGGAAGA